CGGUCGAGAGUCGAGUCUCCACCCCGGGACGGGGAGUCGCGAAGUGACCCCACCCAUCGGCAGCUGAGCGACUCGAGCCGAGUGUGGGAGAGAGAGCCCGGAGGCAGCGCGCGACGGCGGUAGCGGCAAGGCCGGCUCGUUCCGGGGGACAAUAGAGGCGCUGGGCCUGGCUGCGCUGCGAGAUCGGGGGCCGGGAGCAGAGGCAGGAUGCUGGCGCUCUUCACCAAGCUGCUGGACUGGUUCCGGGCGCUCUUCUGGAAGGAGGAGAUGGAGCUCACCCUGGUGGGGCUGCAGUACUCGGGCAAGACCACCUUCGUUAACGUGAUCGCGUCGGGGCAGUUCAAUGAAGAUAUGAUCCCAACAGUGGGCUUCAAUAUGAGGAAGAUCACCAAGGGAAAUGUUACAAUAAAGCUCUGGGAUAUUGGGGGCCAACCUCGUUUUCGUAGCAUGUGGGAGCGGUACUGCCGUGGAGUCAGUGCCAUAGUAUACAUGGUAGAUGCUGCAGACCAGGAGAAGAUUGAGGCCUCGAAGAAUGAACUUCACAACCUGCUUGAUAAGCCCCAGCUCCAGGGCAUCGCUGUCCUAGUUCUUGGGAACAAGCGAGAUCUGCCUGGUGCCUUGGAUGAGAAAGAGCUCAUUGAGAAGAUGAACCUGUCUGCCAUCCAGGACCGAGAGAUCUGUUGCUAUUCCAUCUCUUGCAAAGAAAAGGACAACAUUGACAUCACCCUACAGUGGCUUAUCCAGCAUUCAAAGUCCCGGCGAAGCUGAGAGCCCUUUGGCCAAGUCUUGGAUCGGGAAGAUGCCAUUGUAAAAGCCCAAGCGCACCUCCACCUCCUCCUCCUCCCCCUCCCCCUCCCCCCCUAUCUCCUGCUCUUUUCAUCCCUCUCGCCCGCCUCCCUCUCCCUAGAUGGGUAUUUUUAGGGGACUCCAGACUCCUCUUCUGCUGAGAUUGAACUCCUGUUUUUAUUGUAAAGAAACUGUCUCCCUCCUGCUCCCUACUCUGGUUUUGGCACUGUUCUGUUGUCGUCGGUGUGUGUACAGUAUAUAUAUAUAUAUGUAUAUAUUUUAAUUUUUUAAUUUAAGCAAUUAUGCUGUUACUAAACUGGGCCUGAGUGCUGUCAUGGGGGCAGCGGUGAAUGGAUGGGCUUGGAAGUACCACGUGCAGUAUUGGGAAUAUCAUGAGCAGCUUCAGGGCGGUGGGGACCUUGCUGGGGUGGAGCAUGGCUUGGAGCUGUACUCUCCCCGCAAGGAUCUUCCUCUCCUUCCCCUGCAAACACCUCCCCCUUCCUCCUGUGAUGGUAUCCAACAGGCUCGGCUAGUUCUGCGGAUGCUUCUGCUGCCCCUAGCUGCUCAGUAGCACCGAUGGGGGAUGCACACUUGGGAAAGGCUCAUCGAGCAGUAUUGUUCCCAGUUAGUCCUCUGGUCUGAGACUGUAGGGGAGAGUCUGUGUUGUCUCCUCCCCCUCUCCUCUGAAUCCUGGGAAGCAAAGAGCAACUCUCUUGUUUCCUGGCAGGCAGGACAUGAAGUGAUCUCUCCACAUGAGCUUAACUCCCCCUCGGCUUGCUUCUCAAGUCCCUGAACAUCCUCUCCCUCCGCUGCCCUGUACUUACCCAUUCCUUGUGAGUGUUCUCAUUCUAUGCACUCUGUCGACUACCCUUCCUUUCAGGACCGGGGUCUUUUUUCCUAGGGAUUGGCCAGCCGCUGAACACAUGCAGACGCUGUAUGAUAAGUGCUCCUUGAUCAUGCAAAGACCAGAUUGGAGUCUCAAAAUGUUAAAGGGCUCUUAGGAGCUGGAAUGCUGGGAUUCACUGAGGCCCUGGCCCUAGGCCUGCCACUCACACAGUCCCUUGUACAGUGUCUAGAUGGUGGGGGAGAAUGGCUUACACGCAGAAUUCCUUCAAAGCUUUUUGGACAAGAGUAAGGCCUUGGAGAUGCUAGCUCAAUCCAUUUUCAAACCCUACACCCCACUGAUAGGGAUUGGAGGGGAGGGGAGUCGGAAACCCCUCCAGAGCUCUGGGUAGUUCAGAAGUGUUGCCGCAGACCUAAUGUUGCUGCCUAGGUUCUAGGAGCAAGAGCUGUUCCUCAUGGUCUUCUGGGAUUGACCCCUUCCGCUUCCUCGUGAGUCCAGGACUGAGUAUGUACACAUGUCUCUCCCCCAAGUUUGGGUGUUAGGUUUUGCUCUUGGGAUAAGGCAGUGGAGUAGGACAGAGGAGCUCUCUCAUGAGCAGGGAGGAUGGUGCUUUACACCCCACUGGGCAUAGGAUGCUUGAGUUUCCAGCUAAAGGCUGCGCUAGGAAGAGGAAGGUAUUCCUGAACAGGGAGGAUAAUCCGGCACAGUAAAGCUGGCUUCUGCUCUGUACCAGUGUCUGCUCACCCUGGGAUUGACAGCAGCAGCUGCAGCAGGGUCCAGGAACGAGAUGAUGGGAAGGAUCCUGUGUCUUCAUGUGCUAGCCCCUUUUGCCUCCCUUGUACGGGCAGCUGACUGCAGGCCACAGGUGACCAUGUUGUCGCCUGUCCUGUUAAGCUACGGACAGGUGUGAGGCUGUGGGGCCCGCCCUUCUCUUGCCUGGCUUGGCCCUACCCUGCACGGAGGAGCUGCUCCCCCCGGGGGAGGGGGCUUUCAAACUGCAUCUCUUUUUUCUUCAUCUUCUCAUUGUCACAGAACUGCACAAGGAGAUACUUGCUUUUUUUAAUUUAAUGAAUUGUAAAAGUGUCAUUUAUUCCUUUUUUAAAAUAUAUAUUUUGGCUCAUAUUUUGACCUUCUCUGUUGGGAAAUGAUUCUUGUAACAGUACAUUUUUUGCUUCCUAAUAAUAAUAAUAAUAAUAAAUUAACAAAUUUGUGUUGGUA